AUGCCAUUCUACAAGCUCGAUGGGAACAUCAUUCAAGCCAUUGCAGUGCCAAACAUUCUUCAGUGCUGUUGGAAAUGUGAUCGUUUACCAGAGUGUUUCUCGCUGAACGUGGCUGAUGUGCCUGACAAAGAUGGUUUGUACGAAUGUCAGAUGCUUCGAACUGAGACCAACAAAUAUUCUGCACUAUUAAAACAAUACCAACACUACCACCACUAUACACGAUUCAAGUGCGAGACAACGAGAUGUUUGAAUGGAGGUACUUGCCAAAACGAAGGCUACGAUGACUUCCGGUGUCUCUGCCAGCAGGAAUUCACGGGUCACAUGUGUGAUGUACAUGUGACACAGCCCAAAACAUACGAAUGGCUGAAGAUCAACGCCAGUCCUGUGUGCUUUGGAGCUCGCAACGAUUCUUAUGGAAGUUUUUACAUGAAAAUAAAUGGAACCGCAGUCCAUAAACUCAAGCUGAUCCAUCUCUCUGGAUAUGUGACGUGUCAUAAGGAGAAGGAUGAAAGAAAGAGUAACUGGGGUUGUCGAAAGAAUAGUGACAAACUUUGGACCAUCAUCACCGACAGCACAAAUCAAAGAAUCCUGCCGCAAGAUGGCGCUCCUCAAUAUUCACGCUACAGUAUUCCUGGCUUCACCUCCAGUUCUCAUGAGCUCAUUUUUGAAAACUUCACUAGUCCCAUGGUGAUAACCACUGGUCAGGAAUAUCGCAUCUGGUACACAGAAGACCUUAGAAACGAUUCCGAGAGUGAUAAUGGUGGAACAAGUUGUGCUGAUGUUUAUGUGUUUGGAUUGUUUGGCUAAAAAAUAUAUAACCAUUGACGUC